AUGCAAGCUCCGUGUCUGGAAAUCCUUCAGGCGUUUAGUGCAGACAGCUGCGCAUUGAAACAGAACCCCCCCCCCCCACCACCAAGAGGCAACAUGGCUGCGGCCGGAGAGUUUGAGAGCUGGUUGAACAGUCGCCUCGAUUCGCUUGAAGUAGACAGAGAUGUGUACGGAUCCUACAUCCUAGGGGUGCUGCAGGAGGAGGACAGCGAAGAGGAGGAGAUGGACGCCAUCCAAAGCAUUCUGUCGGCGUUUCUGGAAGAAGAUGCAUUAGAAGAUGUCUGCAAAGAAAUUAUUAAACAGUGGUCAGACAGCAGUUCUGGGUCCAAAGCCAAGAAUAAUCAUGGAGAUGUGGAGGUGCAGGCUAUCGCCAGCCUUAUUGAGAAGCAAGCCCAGAUUGUGGUGAAGCAGAAAGAGGUGUCCGAGGGGGAAAAGAAGAGCAAGGCAGCACUCCUCGCCCAGUAUGCCAGCAUUACAGAUGAUGAGGCUGAAGAUGCAGGACCAGAGGAGAGUGGAGCAGCAGCCUGUACAUUUGAUACCAGCAAGUCUCUGUUUAAAAACACAAACCUAGAAGACGUGAUAAAUGCCAAGAAGGUGGACAGGGAAAAGGCUCGAGAGGACUCGCACAAGAAGAAAGAACAGGACAAGAUGCAGAGGGAAAAGGACAAACUAGUCAAACAAGAGAGGAAAGACAAGGAAAAGAAACGGACUCAGAAAGGGGAGCGCAAGAGAUAAAAGGAUGUUUCUGGGUUUAAAAAAAUUUGCAUUAAGUAAUAUGCUUUCUGGAUAAUGGAUUUAGAUAUCUACUGAACAACCCGUGGCGUGUUCACUAAGGAACAUUCAGAACUUGUACACUAGCCUAUAUAAAAUCAGAGGUCCAGGUGGCCACUAGCAUUGUUUAGUUUGGCUCAUAUUUUGGCUUAUAUUUGAACCCUUUGCCCCCUGGCAUUUGCAGAAAUGGUAUGUAUUUUGCAGAUCUUAGAAGUUGACAUUAUGGAUUGAGAUAUAAGUUACUUUUAUUUAAGUGCCCAUGCUAACCACAAAGAGUGGGGUGUGUGUGUGUGUAAGUCUAGAAUCUCAACAAAAUAUAUUCAGAUCAGCAAUAAUUCAGAAUAAACGUUAAAGGGGUUGAGGCAAGGUAACGUUAGUAAUGUUAUUUGAUUAUUUUCAUGAAAAUGUGGGUUACCACUAUUUUACCCCAACACUGCUGUUCUUAUGGUCUGAUUGUACUAGGGUUUUUCAGUAGAGAUUAUGCAGUAUGUGCCAAAUUAGGUGGUAUGUUUUUUUUUUUUUUUUUUAAUACAAUCCUUCACAAUAUUGAUUAUAAUAUUUCAUUAUCAGAUACUUUAACUCAACAAUCUUCUCUUUAUGAUACAACCAGUGUGUCUUGUUAGAUACUUAAGCUUUACAAAAUGAUUACAUUUUUCUUGUUUGUUUCAUGGUUCUGGAGAGAUCAAAAAUGAUUUGCUUUUCGGUGCCCCUGUCACAUUGAAAUGGCAGCUGAUUUUUUCUGCUCGAUGAAACUGUCGCUAUUGCUGCUGAGUAUUGAUAUAACAGUGUGACCAUAGAUAAUGGUGAUUUAGUGUCUGCUAUACAGAACAACUUGCACCAUGCUGUUGGAGUGUGUUUGUAUGCUGCUUCUGGAAUACAUUUCUCAAAGACUUGUGUAUAAGGUGUAGGACAUUGACAUAGAAAAAACUGCUGUUUUAAAGCUGCUUUACAAAAAAAAAAAAAAAAAAAAAAAAAAAAACCCUUUCAAAAGGUAUUUUUAAAAGAUUAAGUUGUGGUGCAGAUACUGUACAUUACUAUGCAACAUUACUGUUUUUUUUUAGUUUUUUAGUUUUCCAAUAAAAUGUGUUUGGUA